AUGUUGCGCAUUGUGAUGAUGACCUCUGGUGAGGCGGUGGUGGCUCUCUCCAGCAACGAGUUCGAAGAGCAUGCGGCACGCGGCGAAAACACCAUACGAGACAUGAAGAAGCUUCUUGUGGCAAUCACAGGCCUGCCCCGAUUCCGGCAGCGCUUGCUGCAGAACGGAGAGGUCUUAGAGGACGAUGUCCAGAUCCACUUGCCAGCUCUUCUGCAUCUCGUUCUCCUGUCCUUCUGUGAUAAUGAUCCUCUUCGGCUGGAUAAGUUUGAAACAGCCCUUAUGCAUGAUGAUGUCCAGGCGGUAGAAAGAUUUCUGCAGCAGCCAGGGGAUCCCAACCAGGAAGUUCGCCGCAUGACGUGCUUGUGCCUGGCUGCUGGAGCCGGGAGUUUCCGAUCUGCCCAGCUCCUGGUGGAAGCUAUGGCAGACCUGAGGCGCUCAGAGCGGCGAUUUGGCAGUACACCCUUGCACCUGGCAUCUUUGGCCGGCCAUACAAACAUCGCGCGCUGGCUGCUGGAGUCGCGCGCAGACAUCCGGGCAGGGGAGCGCGAGGGUACGACGGCCUUGCACCUUGCAAGCUGCCAUGGGCAUGCGGAAGUGGUUCAAGUCUUGAUUGGCGCCGGUGGAAGGGACUGCGGCUUUCUCCACGCAGAAGGCUGGUUGGGAGCCACCCCCUUACACCAAGCCUGCCUCAUGGGUCAAGUCGAAACAUCGCAGCUCUUGAUAAGGGCAGAUGCUGACAUCAACAGGACCACACGCGAAGGACUCACAGCCCUAGGCGUUGCGUGCAGAUCGGGUCGUCACGAGAUCGUAAGCUUACUGCUGGAUCUCCGCGCAGACCUGGAGAAAGUGGAUCAGAAGGGAAGGACGCCACUGAUCUGGGCUUGCUACGCUGAGCACAUCGACGUGGUGAGGCAUCUACUCAACGCAGGCGCGGAGAAGACGCCCCGCGACUCCGACGGCCACUCGGCCCUGCAUAUCGCCAUCUCUGUUGGGAGCAGAAGCCUAACAGGCUUACUGCUCGAAGCCCGCGCGGAUAUCGAGGAGAAGGCUGCCGGCGGCCAGACACCCCUUUGCCGCGCCUGUGUCUUGGGGCACACCGAGUUGACCCGGUUCCUCCUCGACCACGGCUGCAACAAGGAGCACACGGAUGAAGAAGGUCGGAGGCCUUUGAUGAUUGCCUGCCUUGCCGGGCAUACGGAGAUCGUCCGAGUCCUCACGGAGCGCGGGGCGAACGCGCAGAUCCGCCUCGGCAUGUCCAGCCCGCUGGAUGCGGCUCGCUGCUUCGGCCACUGGGAGAUUCAGGAGAUUCUUCUUCGAAGCGCCCAGGAACGAGCACCCAAGCGAAGACGGCGGGUGAAGGGGCCUCCUUAG